AUGGGUUCGCAGGCCGAGCAGCGCGUGGGCAUUGUGACCGGCGCAUCGUCGGGCAUGGGCCUUGCCUUAACAAGACACUUUAUCGGCAAGGGCUGGAAGAUUGCGAUGUUUGAUAUCAAUGACAAAGUGGGAAACGAGCUAGUUCAAGAACUUGGCCCAGCGACGUCAUUCCACAAAGUCGACGUCGCCUCUUACGAUUCUCAGGCCGCCGGGUUUUUAUCCGUCUUCGAACAGCACGGCCGCAUUGACGCGCUCCUAGCCAACGCUGGCAUCGUGGACCGGUCGUCUUUGUACAUCCUGGGCCACAGGGCUAACCAGGUCGAGGACAUCCCCCCGGCACCAGACACGCUGUGUACUGAUGUCGACUUCAAGGGUGUGCUCUAUGGAACGCAGCUUGCAGUGCAUUUCAUGCGACACAAUCCACCUGCUUUGGGAGGAGGUGCCGGAGAAGCUGCCGGAAAUGACCAAGUCAAGGGGAGGAUUGUCUGCACAGCGAGCGUUGCAGGCAUCGUUCCGCACCCGAGCUACCCAGAGUACAAUGGCGCCAAGGCCGGCGUGGUCACGUUCAUCCGGGGUGUUGCGGGCGUGCUCAAGGUCAAGGAGCAGAUCCACAUCAACUGCGUGUGCCCUGGCAUCGUGGCAACGAGCAUCAUCCCGCCCGAGAUGGUGGCGGCUGUGCAGCCCGAGUACAUGACCGCCGUGGACACAGUCGUUAGGGGAUACGAAGAAUUUCUGGACGAGAAAGACCAGAGGUUUGGGGUUGUCGUGGAGGCUUCGGUGGAUGAAGUGCUCGAAGUGUCUGAGGGAAGGCUCGCGAAUGGCAAGGCGAGUGAGCCAGCCGUCACGGUGUGGGAUCCGUUGUUCAAGAUGUUACAUGGAGAGGGGAGUGGGCUCAAGAAUGCCAUUCCUUGAAACAAAUCUCUGUUACAUGAGCCUUGAUAGCUACCUCACACAUCUUAAUUCUAGUCGACAUCAUGCAUUGCACGAUCUCCUCAUAUAUCACCUCUCCUCCAUUCAUCUGGGAACUGUGCAUCCAGCUCGUACACGAAACGGUUGCUGCCUGGUGCUUCCGCGGUCACUGGGUGAUGAUUGGAACCACGAAGCUCUGCAAUGUACGUCUGUUCGAAAGCCUCCGGCUCGUAUUUGGACAGCUCGGUAGAUCUCACGGUGUUCUCUUGCUGAUAUGGAGGAGGGUCAAGAGCACUG